GAUUUUAUUUCCUGCUAAUUUUUAUCGGACAUUAUCUGUUUGCUUUCCAUUUGCUGGGAACGUUUUUUAUUUUGUUGUCAAAAACAUACUUCUACUCUUGGAAUUGGACACAUUGAUUGGACAGGAUUAUCAGGAAUUUAUAUUAAAAAAAGAACGAUAAAAUCUACAUUUCCAAACAAAAUGUAUGAUUAUGCUGCUUCCGACUCAGUAUUAAGCGGUGUAUCCAAUAUAUAUUUGGUGAGCAUUGCUACUGCACUUUUGGCGGUGAUUAUUGCCCUGUACUUCAGUAACUUACUCAAGGAAGAUGAAAGCGAAAUUGUUGUCCGAAAGAGUGUCUAUGAUGAAGAUGAUGUAGAAAAUGAAUAUCUGCACGACAAUUCCACAGAAAUCGAAAAUCACUUUGUUUCCAAUAAUGAACCCUAUAUGGAAACAUAUUCGGAUGAAAUGAGUACUGACGAAUAUGAUGAUGAAGAAUUGGAGUAUAUAAAAGGCAAUUAUGGUACGUCCACAGAAACGAAUAGUGAUUAUGAUGACGACGAUGAUAUACAUACGGAUGGUUUGGUUGGUAAAUUGAAGUCAAGAAGAGCAAAAGAAUUGGAGGCGCAGCUUACAAGGGAUCAGCUGGAGGAGGAAAGAAGAAUUGAGAGAGAACAAUUAGCUGCAAUAUUUGAGCUUUUGAAAAAACAAGAAGCUGAAUUGAAUAUGAAAGAAAUAGACGAGAACGAAUUAAACGCCCAAUUAAGCCUAUAUCGUUGAAACCUGUCCACAAAACCAGCACUUUAAACAAAUGGUUUACAAAUAGUCCAAAGGAAAGUACUAUAAACAUAAACCACCUUACAGUUUUUAGACAUCUAGACGUAAUGUAAUAGAAUAUAUUGUAGAAUUAUAUUUUUAUAAAAAACUUUUUUUAGACAUUAAGUGCCAGAGAUUGUUGUACAAAAUUAACACCAUGUUCGCAAUGCGAGCACGUUUGUUUUUCAAAGGAUUUUUGUUGAAAAUUUAUUUCGUGAUAUUAGAUAAAUGUUUGUUAAUAUGCCUAGUUGUAAUAGUUGUCAUAAACCAUAUUGUUACUAAACAAAAGAAAAUGUAGAAAAUAAAAUUUAGACAAAUUUA